GCCUUUUGUGUUGUUUGCUUAUUAUCUGCUAAAUGCUUCUGUCUCUCACCGCAUUGCUCGGCUCAGUAUUCUGCAGCCUCUUAGUAUUUGGAUGUUGUUCACCUUUGCCAAAGCAUCCUGCUUCCUCUAGAAUGAUGCUAAUGCUGCUCUCUGAUGUGUGUUGCUGAGGAGGAAGGAUGAAUGUGCAAGUAAAGUGCAUGUUUCUUUGCGUUUCUAUAGCUUGAAGCUCAGUGGUUGUUUCCUUUGUCUGCAGCUCCAAAUGAGUGUACCUGCAGCAACGGCACAGAAGUCAGACAGCAACAACAGUGAAAUGCAAUCAGCUGCAGUGGCUCCCUCCUUCAUCCCCAGCCAGUCGGGGAAGAUACCGGGCAGGAAGAGAGGGAGACCCCCGCUUCGCAAUGUCGCCAAGAUGGAUUUUCCGAACCGUUACCCCGAAUCGCUCCCUCCACUCAAAGUGCCAAAGAAGAGGGGGAGAAAGCCAGGCUUCAAGCUCAAACCCCGGAUGGUGAUGACACCGUUGGCUAUCUCUCCACCCAGCAGCACCCCUGAGCCUGAUAUGAGUUCAAUUCCUCAGGAUGCCGCCACCAUCCCCCACUCUGCCACGCCCCAGGUGCUUACAGUCUGUAUCUACAUCAACAAACAGGCCAACACAGGCCCCAACCUGGACAGGAAGAAGAUCCAGCAGCUCCCCGACCACUUCGGACCCGACAGGCCCUCUGUGGUGCUGCAGCAGGCCGUCCAAGGCUGCAUCGACAGCGCCUUCCAGCAGAAAACGGUGUUCACGCUCCUCACACAAGGCUACGGGGGAGAAAAAAUAUCAGGUGUUGUACAAAGACCUCCCUCAGCCACAUUUGAUGGGAAGCAGCACCUUCUCAGCCUCCCUGUGGUGAACAGCAUCGACUAUGUGCUCCGUUUUCUAAAGAAGCUCUGCCGCAGCUUGCACUGUGAAAACCUCUUCAGUGAUCAGCCCAUUACCCAGCACAGUGGCUCCUACCAGUCCGACGCUGAAACAUCUAUGGCCGAAGACUACCAUUUAGACCAGUCCGACGGCAAACGCUACUCUGUAGACCCCGGCGAUUCCGCUUUCAGCUCCAUAAGCUCGUCCUACUCACCAAAGUCCUCCUACGGGUUUCGCUCGUCGCAGCAGUUCUCCAACGGCUCGGCUUCCAUGAACAUGUGCAGGCAGUCGUCCACCAGCCCCAACACGUUCCCAGAGAGCAACAGGACAGGAGGUUACAAUGCAUCUUCAGAGUCGCAGGAGUCCAAAGCUCCACCCAAUAAAGACCCAUCCACCUGGUCUGUGGAAGAUGUUGUCUGGUUCAUCAGGGACGCAGACCCCCAGGCUCUCGGCCCACAUGCAGACGUCUUUAGGAAACAUGAGAUCGACGGAAACGCUUUGUUACUCCUAAAGAGCGACAUGAUCAUGAAGUACCUCGGACUGAAGCUGGGGCCGGCCUUGAAGCUUUGCUACCACAUCGACAAACUAAAGCAGACUAAGUUCUGAAAACACUCUACGACACAUUUCCCCGUUCUUCAAUCCAACCAUACGCUUGAGAAGGUUCUCCAGGUCUGUGAGCCAAUGAGAAGAGAGCAGGGCCUGCAGGCAUGAGAUGCAUCACUUCCACUUCUGCCACAAGAGAAUAAAAGCUCACCGGCUGCUACUUUUAAGGUUAAUUUAACAACUUUUUGCUCAGAAAAAGAGGGCAAUAACAACUUUUUGUUCAUUUAUAAGCCUUAAGUGAAGUACAAUAAAGCUACACAAAGAGUGACAUGUUCAAGUAUCACACCAAUAAAACUUCAGUCUUUUAUGAAGACGUUAAUAACCUAUAUAAGCAUUUAAACAUUAGUAAGACCAGAGUAGAGUCCACCUUAAAUGCUGGCAUUAAAGCCGGAUUGUAUCAGGUAAUUUAGCUGAUACUCUACACAGUCCAGUAUCACCACAACAGUUUCUUCAGUCAUUUCACAUGUUAUCACUACGUAUUUGUUGUUUUUUUCAGUGUAAUUUUAUGCCUCAGAAACAUUAGAUGCAUGUGAAACCGAAAGGCAACAUUGACAAUGUUUUUAUUUUAACCCAAACAAUGAGCUUUUCCCAAACUUAACCACGUUGUUUUGUUUGAAUUCACGAUGUUAACCAUGUGUUGAAAACUGCAACAGUGCGUCUGAAUGUGACGAGCUGGAAAUGAGAACAGACAGUCCUUUUGUAUUCUGUGUGAAACCUAAAGUCAAUUUGAUGUUAAAUUAAUUAAGUUUUAAGUUAUCCUGUAAAUUAACAUCACAUUCUAACUUCACGCAUUACAUAGCUGCACCCAUUUUUUUUCUCCAAAUCUUUAUUGAAACUGUGUCCACUAGUUACAAACCAAAGUCAUUUUUUUAACCCAAACCCUCAUUUUUUCCCCCUAACCCUAACCAGGUAGCUUUGUUUCCUAAACAUUUAAACAUAUAUAACACAUUGUGUUUAAAUUCACAUGUAAAAAUGUAGUUUUUAUGCUUUAUAAUCACCACAGUAGGGAAUUAAAACAGGUUGCAGCAAUUUAGAAAUGUUGAAAUUCAACAUAUUUGUGGUCUUCAGAAAUGCCAAUAUUUAAUUCUGGCGACUGGGUUAAAACAUAUAUCACUAAAAUAAGUGACACGUCUCACACCUUAAACCUUCCUCUCAUCCCAUUGGCUCCUAAACUCUCAUGGUUGGACCCUCUUAGUACAUCUUGCUGAAGAUUUCCAUGAUGUCAUGUAGUGAUAAUCACAGAUUCACCCCUCUUUUUCCUCUCUCAUCUCUUACUUACUCUACUUUUGGCACAGAUUUUGAACUUAAAACCAUCAGAUUGUGGAACACAUCCUUCAUUCACACGUCAACAUAAUGUAUUCAGUAAAACACGGCCAGUGUAAGAAAAAGGUUUUGUCUCACAAACCUUCAUGAGCAGCACAUCCGUCUGCUGCAUGCAGAGUUCAUUAUAUAUACUGUAUAUUCAUCAUUUGACAAGAAAUGUAAGACAUAUAAACACUUUAUACCUUAAAGAAACUCUCACUUUGUCAAAUCUCACUAUAGGAUCUCAUGUUUACCGAGCUGAAAACAUAUCUAUACCUGUACUGAGACACAGUGCAUUAAAUACUACAUUGCUUUUUAAUUGAGAGAUUUAGAAAAUCAUUUUGAUACUAUUUUUUCACAUUA